AUGAAGGCCGCGAUCUGCUUAUCUAUCCUUGUCGCCGCCUCAGAUGCUGCCGCCUCAGCUGCUUUUCAGAGGUCAAAUCGUGCCACCAAUGAAAUCAGUGCUGACAGUAUCUGCGGAGAACUCGGCGUCAUGAGAUUCAACGCCAGCGAGCUUCCCGAUUAUGUCUCUCCCAACAACGUCCGUAUGUGGCCGUCACUUCCGCCUGCCUACACCAAUAAGCAAAGUCCGGCUAGUAAUGCAACAAAUUCUAAUGUCCGUCAUCUAAACGAACGCAGCUGUUAUUUUGAGGCGCCUUACGGCUGUAGCAGAGGCUGGUGUUGGAAGGCUUGUGAUCAAGGAUCAGGCAAAUGGUGCUGGGCUGCAGCGAAUAGCGGCUAUGGCUCUUGGAAGAAAUGUACAACUUAUGCCGACUGUGGGACCGAUAAUUCUGCUUUUGGCUGUGGUCGCUUGUGUGGGGUGCAAUGCGGAUGCAGCUGUUAAAACAUGAUUAGAAGCGAGAUUGUUACUGUCUUGGGAUUUUGAUUUAGGGCAAUAUAUAAGGGUGAAAUAAGAAAUUGCUGUCGCGAG